GGCACUUUGGUCGGUCAAACACACUCCCUUACAAAAAAUUAGAAUCAUGGCCAAACGCGAGUUUCAAGAGGAAUGUACGGAGCAUAAAGUGAAGAAGUCCAAGAAAGAAAAGCACGCUGCGAAGGACACCGACGACAAAUCUCAAGAAAUUGCAGGGCUUGACAAGAAAUACACACAGUCACGCGCAUUGAGUGAACUGCCAGAAUCAGAGAUAGAUCGCUUCCUCAUCGAGAACACGAUCAAGAUUACAGAUACUUCGAAAGAUGUUGCCAAUCUUCGGCCUAUCAUAUCCUUUUCUCAUCUUCCUCCUUGCGAUGGUCCACUCUACGAUCCUCUGAGCUCUUUCAACUCUCCCACCGCCAUUCAAUCGGCAACUUGGCCUUUGUUAUUCUCUGGUCGCGAUGUGAUUGGUAUUGCUGAGACCGGUAGUGGCAAGACGCUUGCUUUCGGUUUGCCGUGUUUAAAAAAAGUGCAGGAUUCGAAGAGGAAAGGCAAUAAAAAACCCUUUCAACCCAUGGCGGUCAUGAUCUCGCCGACCAGAGAGCUAGCCAAACAGAUCCAUGACCAGCUUGUGAAAUUUGCAGAACCAAUGGGUGUGGAGGUAGCCUGCGUCUUCGGUGGUGUUAGAAAGGACGAACAACGCGAAGCUUUAAAGACUGCGGCUAUUGUUGUCGCGACCCCGGGAAGACUGAAAGAUCUCCAGAAUGACUGCUCGGUGGAUCUGGCGAAGGUCAAGUACCUUGUCCUGGAUGAAGCCGAUCGUAUGUUGGACAAGGGAUUCGAACAAGAUAUCAAAGAUAUCAUCCAUCCCAUGUCAACCAAGCGUCAAACAAUCAUGUUCACGGCAACAUGGCCUCCAGUUGUCAGGGACCUUGCUACCACUUUCAUGAAAUCGCCUGUCACAGUUACAAUCGGCGGGGAUCCAUCUGCUGACCCUCGUGCGAACACAAGGAUCAAACAGGAUGUCGAGGUCCUUCAACCACAUGAGAAAGAGCCAAGGCUUGUGCAAUUACUCAAACAAAAUCAGCGGGCGCCCAAACCCCCGAAAGUCCUGGUUUUUUGUCUGUAUAAGAAGGAAGCUGUGCGUGUUGAGAGGCUUCUUCGGAACAAGGGUUUCAAAGUUGCGGGAAUACAUGGUGACCUCAACCAGCAAGAACGAUUUAAAAGCCUGGAGGCUUUCAAGACUGGAGCUGCCACAGUCCUUGUCGCCACUGAUGUGGCAGCCCGUGGACUCGAUAUCCCUGCAGUCAAACUCGUUAUUAACGUUACCUUCCCACUCACGGUCGAAGACUAUGUCCAUCGAAUCGGGCGAACCGGUCGUGCCGGGGCCGAAGGCCAUGCCAUUACCCUGUUUACCGAGCUGGAUAAGGCUCAAUCCGGAGGGUUAAUUAAUGUGCUGAAAGCAGCCAAGCAAGAUGUGCCAGAAUCUCUUCUCAAGUUUGGCUCCACCGUCAAGAAGAAGCAACAUGAUGCAUAUGGUGCAUUUUUCAAAGACGUUGACUCCAGCAAAGCAGCAACCAAAAUUGUCUUUGACGAUUGACAAAAAAAUAAUUCUAAUUUCUUUUGUAUUUCCCUUGCUUGAAUGUCAUCAUUUUACUGGCCCUGGUGUAUUGUGCUGCCAAGUAUUUCCUUUCAACAUAUGACCUACUCCCAUGCAUGACAGUUAGAUUGUAAGCUUCAGCCAAGUGUCCAAGAUUUGCAGAAAAAAAGAC